AUGACAUGUGGAGGUGAUAGUUUAAAUGUACUACUUAUAGGCGAUUUCAAUGCAAGAGUGGGUGAUGAAGAAGGUGAUGUUAACAAUCUAGCUGGAAUCGAGAGAAACUCAAAGGAUAAUGUUAGAAACGCCAAUGGUUAUAAGCUAAUCGAACUCUGUAACUCUUUUGGUUUAAAACUGCUAAACGGAACUAGCCGAGGUGAUCAAAAUGGAGAAUUCACAUUUGUUGGAGGGCAAGGUUCUUCCGUCAUUGACUAUUGUUUUAUAGGAUGCGAAUGGAAUAAUCAUGUUGUCGAUUUCGAAGUAUUGAACGAGCCAUUUUCAGACCACAUGCCGAUUGUGGUAUCCUUCAACCAUUCAGAGGUAGCUAAUGUCACAACCACAAACAUGGAACUCCUCCCAAAGAUAGUUUGGCAUAGUAGCAAUGAACACUCCUAUAAAGCGAAUUUAGAUGAGGCCCUACAAAAUCAUGAAGUUGCAAAUUUCAACGAUCUAGAGGAAAUAAUUAAGCAAAAUUUUGGAUCCAACAUCAAACGAGAUAUCCAAGUACCACCUAACUUUCAAGAGCCUAUUUUAGAUUCACCUAUCACUAUACAAGAAGUUUCUUCUAUCGUUAAUGGACUCAAGGAUGGCAAAGCAGCUGGAUCGGAUAGGAUACCUGCAGAAUUUUACAAGUACGGAUCGAAUAAUCUCAUUCAGACACUAACCGGUCUAAUUAACAGCGUCAUGGAAAAUGGUGUAAUACCUGAACAGUUUAAGGAAGCUUUAAUGUUCCCCAUUUACAAGAAAGGUUGUGCAAUGAAUCCUGCAAACUACAGAGUACUUCAGAAUCGGCUCAAAAUGUGGAUUUCAUCAAAAAAUCUCUUAAGUGAAUUUCAGGCGGGCUUCAGAUCGGGCUAUUCUACUAUUGAUCACAUUUUCGUGUUCAAAAGUAUUGCUGACUUGCAAGAAGUAAAAAGUUGUAUGUCAUCUUCGUGGAUUUUAAAGCAGCGUUCGACACGGUCGACCGAGAUGCCCUAA